AUGGCAGUAUCAGGUGCAAGGAGAAACUGUACUCCCAGAUCCCUUUUCUCAGAAAGGACUCCGCAACACUAUUACCCUCACCAAGACUUGGCCUAUACUCCUCAGCCAUACUCGGUCAUGAAUGCUCAGCCUUAUGUCCGGCCACAACAACAAGACAACAGAAAUCAAGCUCCAUUUCCUAGAAACCAACCUCCUUACCAAACCCACUACAACCCCCGUCCUCUACAAAAUCAUUUCCACCCUCAUGAACCGCCCAAGAGGCCAAAUUUCACACCAAUUGGCAAAACCUACUCCAGACUGUUACCAAAGCUUGUUCAAAUGGGUCUGCUACAGCCUGUUCCUCAAACCAGGCAAAACCCAGCAUCACCCGCUUAUAGAGCCGAACAAAGGAAGAUAGUGAUGAGGGAUGAAGAUGUUCCUAAUGUGACCAAUAACCCACUGCCAGCCCACAACAAUGGACCGGUAAUUGGAAUGAUUUAUGAGGAUAAGGAAUUUGACCCAGCAUUGAAGGCCAUCAUUUCCAUUGUUGACGAAGAAAAGAAACCAAAAGCUGCCCCGAAGUAA